CUGCAGAUACACCCUUUUACCAUGAUUUGACCAUGAAAACCAAUUGGUGUAUCUGCAGAUACAUCCUUUUGCCGUGAUUUGACCAUCAAUACUAAAUGGUGUAUCUGCGGCCCCCCGUGGAUCCGCGCCUGCCUGUAUCUGCAUAUGUUAUUAUCUCUUUUUCCGCAGAUAUGUAGAUAUCGCUACGUGCGCGCGACUAAGGUCGAAGGUCGGUGGGAAAUUCCCAGUCACUAAAAAUAGUCUGAACACGAAAUACCAAACAGAAAGCAAGACAAAUUGUACUGAGACUGCAUAUACUAUAUGUAGUACUCUUCCUAUAAAGCAAGUUCACUAACAUUUCCGGCUUGUUCAAACUGUGUCUGAGAUUUUCAAGUCCCAGCGUUGAUAACGGACCAAGGGCCUAACUUUAGAGUAUUACAGAAUUCCCACCAUGGCCGAUGCAUUGAAUGCCAUCUCCCAGAGUAUGGAGUGUCCUGUGUGUCUUUCUACAUUCACCGAUCCCAAGAUCCUGUCUUGUUCUCACACUUACUGCAAGACUUGCCUGGACAACCUCUUGGAGUGCCACGGUAACUCCCAGAUCCGGUGUCCUGUCUGCAGAGCUGUAACGCAGGUCCCAAACCAAGAUAUCGCCAAACUACAGACAAAUCUUGCUUUGAAAAAUGUAAUAGAAGACAUGAAGUGUCAUCCGCAGAUUUGCACGAAUUGUAUAUCUAAUGACAAGCCCAGUGCUGCUGUCUACUGCCAAGACUGUGGAAAGUAUCUAUGCACCACUUGUCUUCAUAAGCACUCUCAAUGGGGAGACUUCAUGCGUCAUGACGUCGUCGCCAUGAGUGAGAUUUUAUCAGGAAAGGUGUCAGUACGUAGAUACCGCAAAUGCAGGAAACACCCGAACGAAGAUGAUGGAUGUUUCUGUUCCACCUGCAGGAGAUUCACAUGCUUCAGGUGUGUUGUUAUGGAUCAUACGGGAGAAGGACACAAGGUCAUCGAGGGAGCUGCUUAUGAGGAUAAACACAUGAAGAGUAUCGAAGAACUUAAGUCCAAGGUGGACAAGGAACAAUCAUGCUAUCAGAAAUACAUUGAUUUCAUAGAUGAACAGAUGAAGAGUGUUGACCAUGCCAAGGAAAAGUGUACAAGUGACAUCAACAAAGCAUACGAUGAAGCAGUCCUCCAGUUGACAGAGAAGAGAGAAGUCCUACUUAGAGAAGUCAAGGGAACGACUAAAGGGGUAGAGAAAGAACUGGAAAACAUGAAGACAUCGGCUCAGAAGCACAUCAAUCAGUUGACGACCAUUGCUGACAUGGUAACCAAUAGAACGAAGAUUCCAGUAGAUAUGGAUACUUUGGCUGCACAUGACACUCUAUGUGAAGAGUUACGAGAGCUCUGUGAUCAAGGGAAUCCCUAUUACGUGAAGCCGAGAAAAUCGAGCAGCAGAGGGAAGAAUUUCUCUUUCAAGAGAAACGUUGGAAAGGAUGAGCUAGGCCUUGGCAAUAUUGUUAAUGCAGUUGUUGAUGUAGUUGUAAAGAAUGUCGCUUUGCCUACUAAAAAUAGUAUGGAUACCAUGGUUAGUACUUCAGACGGUAGGAUGGCAGUAGGAUGUUAUACAGGUGGCAUGAAUAUCUUCUCUGCUGAUGGUCAGCUCCAGCAAACAGUUCUUAGGGGUGUUAAGAUUCGUGGGGUAGGGUUCCUCUCUGAUGAUCGACGUGUUGUGAUUGAUACUUCAAACAAAAUUACACUGUAUACACCAGAGUUCACAAAAUUGAAUGUAGUGUUUGAGACUCUGAGUGGUUAUAAAGGUGGGAUUUCUAAGAUGACUGUUGAUGGUGAUGAUUUGAUCUAUGUAAACUACCAGAAAGCCAAGAAGAUCCAGGUUUUUUCAACAGCAGGUGGGCCAGCAGUGCAAUGCAAUGAGUAUGAAUCUUGGCAAAUCACUAGUUACGAUGGUUCUCUUAUCACUUCAUCACUUGCUACUGUCAGAUUGAUAGACAAACAGGGUACUGUACAACAUGAAUUAAAAAAAACGGGUAGCUUUCUUUGCGGUGCUGUAUCUCAAUGGAAUACAAUCCUGAUAGCCAAGGUGGUGCAUGGUGAAGGUUUGGUGAGCAUUGACGAAUAUACAAAUGAACUACAGUACAUUCAAAACCUGGUUAAUGAUUACACGAUAGAGAAGCCGGAGAGACAAUGGUAUUAUCUCCAGCAGUACCGAUCAGGAGAGAUCGCUUUCUGCACCCCGGAUAGACUUUACAUUUUCUAAUAAAUAGAAUGGAUGACAUGACAUCAGUAUUGAUGCGUGGUAUGAUAUAACUUUCUUGUAGAAGGGAAAUGUGUGAUAUCCUCUAAUAAUUUCUCCUUUCUAUUAGUAAGAUCAUUUGUACACAUGUGGUAUAUAAUGUAAACAUAUACCACAGAUAAUUCCCAACUCCUUUCCCACCCCCCACCUUCCAAAAAACACAUCCCCUCCAAAUCAAUACAUUGCCUGUCACGUUACAUUUCCAACCUGUUUACCAGUAAGCAUCUUGGAUUUCAAAAUUUCUUAUAUGUCUGAUAUGUAAUUUUAAACUAGAAAUCAAUACAGAGUCUAAAUUUCAUUCAGUUGACAUUUAGCUUUAGUAUAUGUUAGGGUUUGUUUACUAAUAAACGAAAAAAGUUAUUCUCUUUGAAUAAAUAUCAUUCUCAAUACACACAUUUUUUAUGUUUUAGAGUGGCAAAAACGUAAGCCCUCAUUUUCCAAUCGAUCUGAAGCAGCAGUUACAAGAUUAAUUUUGACUAUUCUCAUUUGACAUACAGUCAUGUACAAACAGGCCUGUAUUCGUUUAAAACAACUAUCUCCACCUUUUUGUUUGUCUGAAUUGUUCUAUAUUGUACAGUAAAUUCUGUGGGAAAUAUGUAGCUAUCUGAACUUAUAUUUCAACAAAUUCAGAACAAUAGUCAUGAAAGAAGGUAAAUAUUGGAUUUUUUUUACCCAUUUCUGAGUUACAAAACCAUACUUUCUUGAAAAGAGAUUUGGAAAUUAUAUUUGACAUAAAGAAUAUCAUGUAAAGACACACUUCAUUUUCAUGUUUAAAAAAGGAGGAGAAAUGUGAAAAAGCAAAAUUUGUUUCUUUUUUAAUUAUCACCCCAUUUUCCUUAAAUGUCGACCGUUUUUCUCAUUUAAUCUGCUCUUUGCAUAAAUUUACUUUAAUGAUAAUUUAGUAAGCCUCCAUUUUUAAGAGGUUGCGACAGUGACAAGAUUUCCAACCGUCAUUUCCAAGAGUGUGUAGUAUUGUAUUUAAUAUAUCAAAUUUUUAUAUACUUUAUCCACUAUCAUGACGUAUAUCUGUUAAAAAAUCUUGAUUUUCAUGAUUGGCACAGCUGUAGCAAGUACACCUGUUGUUUUAUUUUAUCCGUUUUUUAGCUGAUCGCGAUAUUGUUGUGUUGUCGCUGGAUCGAUUGCACUUUUACUUUCAACCAGACUUAAAUGAUACGAAGCAAUACAAAGCCUGUAUAAUUCAUGUAUACAUUCAUUGAAGAUUAUAGAUAAGUUGAUGAUGAUGAUAACAAAUAAUACAGGAACAUAAGUAAGUCUGAUGGUGACUAUACUCUGAAGAUGAAUAUGAAUUCUACAGUAUAAAAUAUAAACUCUUCUGUAGCUGUCUGUAUGCUGGAACCAUCUCUAAAGUAAUCUGUAAUCUGAUUUGGAUUCAGAAGUGAACCCUUUUAUAUUGGUCUGAGGUUUGAUCUACACUCUUUACAACCAAACAGGUGAUGGUCAACCUUGGACGCUUGACCAAAACAAUCUGUACGUCAUAACUUAAGGGAGAACAUGAAAUGUAGUGAAUAAGAAACCCAUGAAAUGUGUGUGCGUCAGAAGUUUAGCUGGAAGAAGAAUGAGUAAUACUUUCUUAUCUUAAGAAAGUUGGAGCUGGUAAACACAUGAUUUCCUGUUAUACUUGCUGUAGAAGUAUUGAUUAAGUAUUGAUUAUGUAUUGAUAUAAUAUUGAAUAUGUGAGAUAUGUCUUAUCAUCACAUAACAAUAUAAUAUGAACAUUGUAAAUAAGAACGUAAUUAUUUCAUUAAGAUUAUAGGGAAGAAAACAU